UUGAUGUUUCAUCUAGCUGCUGAUCUCAUUCAAGGUGGAAAAGCUCGUGAUAACUGCCAUUCCGAAUAUUGUGGAAACAUGGACCAAGCUGGUACAGGAAGCGGAAGGAAGAACACUUAAUAAGAUCAACUUGAUGGUGUUUCCCGGAACGGUAUUGCUCUCGAAGCCCUUGUAUCAAUCCCAAAAGAACAGAUGGAGAAACGCCGCCUUGAUCUGCAAGAAAGAAAUUAAAAGAGAUUAGCACAUAAAUGGAAAUACUUUGGCUUGAAGAAAAAGAAAAAUCUAAGAUUUAUGAACAGACAAAGAAAAAGAGGAAAAAGACACAAACAAGAGGAGGACGAAAUACACACAGGCAGAAAGCAAAAUCAGCACACACAGGUAUGGUAUUUAUAAAUUUUAGGUUUUAAUUUGGGAUUAUGAGAAGGUGCAUUUGGUUUUCAUCUUACAGCAGAUUUAGUUAAUGGCGAAGAAGAAUAAGGAACGCCAAUAUCCUUUUCAAUUUCCAAAAUCCAAGGGCUGCAAAAGGAUGUCAUUGGAAGAUAAGAUUGGUGCAUUGCCAGAUGAUAUCCUUUUAACCAUUUUAUCACUCUUGACAUUCAAGGAAGCGGUUGCCACCAGCAUCCUUUCUCAAAGAUGGCGAUAUUUAUGGACAUGCCUCCCUAGCCUUAAUUUUAGAUAUGAAGAAGUCGCGCCACAUAAUGAUGACGAAGGCAACAAAAAAAGGUGCCACCGUCUAAUACUUGGAGUUCACAUCGAUAGAUACAUUCAAAUGGUCAACUAAGUGCUAAGGUUUCGCAAGGGGCAACAGCUGCAAGAGUUUGGCAUACAUUUUCCCCUACUAGGAAGUUCUAAAGGUGAUAUAGAUCUUUGGGUUGCCUUUGCAAUUGCCAUUGGGGUUUCUAAGCUUGAAUUAAACUUCUCACGCUAUUUAUAUCCUAUUGAUCCCACAUCAAGAGUUAUUCCCUCCCACUCGACCUCUUCGAUAAAACAAAGGGCUUGGAGCCUUACUUAGUGCAGCUGGAUUGUGUUUUCUCCAUUCCUACAUCCUCUUUGAAUGUCCAAAAUCGUUCCGCCUGAAAUUUGGAGAUGUUACGGAUGAACAGUUUGACACAAUUUUAUCAAGCUGCAUAUCUCUUGAGUGCCUACAUUUGCUUGAGAGCAGCCGGCUAGUGAAUGUAAAGCAUUCUCUUCCUCACAUGAAGUUGAAUUACUUGGAGAUAUAUAAUUGUUCUGAUUUGGAGAAUAUUGAAAUUUGUGCUCCAAACCUUGUUUCCUUUAAGUACCGAGGGCCUAGGAUAUAUAUUUUUGUUAAGGAUGCUAAACAACUGGUAAAUGUUGUUUGCACGUGUUUAAAUUUUGGAGUGGAUGAAUAUCCAGCUAAAAAUACUUUGGGUUUACCUUAUACACAAGGGAAACAUUUUGUUUUUGGCCAAUUUGGUGAUUACCUUUCUCAGUUGGAGUAUUUGAUGAUGGAUGUUGGAUCUUCUGAGGGAAUACGAGGAUCCAACAAGGUCCCUUUACUUUGCAAUUUAAAACAUCCGACAUUGUCAUGUUUGAAUGCUUCCCGUGGUCCCUUUGGGAUGCUACGUUGCUAUCAUUUGGUUGCUUCAUUGGCCAAGGCAUCACCAUUCUUGCAUCGGCUCAAGUUACGUGUAAGUAUUCUUAGUCGAUUACGUAUAACCGCGUCAGACACAUAUCUUUACCCAACACUCGCCUACAUGAUCUGGUUUUUGCAGCUUUCACUAUAUUCUACCGAAAAUUCUCCGCACAAAUAUCUUGAGGUUUUGGUUUCUGGUUUCAGUGGCAAUAAGCUGAAUACGGACUUCGCAUGUCUAUUUUUGACUUUGUCAUUGAACUCGAAAAGAUUGAGAUAACAUCGGUUUAUUUAGGUGACGUUGCCAACUCCUUGGUUAAACAAGGAAAGGCUGAUGUUGUUAGGAAAAGUAUUGGUUUGCUCCAUCAAAGACUGCCUGCAAAAGCUCAAUUAUACUUUCUUGAUGAUCAAUUUUUUAUUAAAUCAGGUUCCUAUGUAGAUUCAUGUUUGAGCCGUGCUUUUUAAUUCAUAGCAGUUGUAUUAUAAAAGCCCCAGUUUUGGCAAAGCCAUUCUUUUUGGGGUUAGUUUCAGCAAGGUCCUUUGGAAUAUGUAAUGUUUAAUUAUGUCCGGUAGAGUAUGAUUUAUGUCAUGUAAUCAUAUUUUUCUUCUAGUUAU